AUGAACCAUGGGCUCGUUUUGGAACCAACAUGCUCAGCAUGGUCCAAAGUACCUAGUUGGAAAGUUUCAGGAUCGAACUCGUCAAUGGCAAUUUUUGCGAUUGUCGAUGCCAGCCAAAAAGUUUCAAGAGGUCGACCUGAUUUCAUUUUGGCGGGCGGUGGCACGGCCAAAUUUGAGAUUGACGAGUUCGAUCCUGAAACUGACACACAAGGUUGCUUGAGCUGGGCUGAGCACGGUGGUUGCAAAAAGAGCCCAUGCUUCAUUGAGAGUUUUUGA